AUGUUUAACUUGAAGGCUCCUGAAGGUGAAAGGUACAAGAAGCCGACUGGUUGGUUGACCAAUAACAAAACUGUUGCCGAAAGGCCCUCAAAGGUCUGUAGCAAAGAUCACGUUCACCGACCAGUGUUUGGCAAUGGUCCUGGUGGCUCUAGGGCCAAGCAGGCUCAAGAGUAUCCAGUCGAACUGGUUCGAACCAUCCUGCAGGCAUACGCCGACACCAUCGACCAGGAGCACAACGUGCGCCACCACAUCCAUGUCAUUACCCUGGACGGCCUGAUGAACGAGAUCUACCGCACUGAGAAUGUCCUCCUCGAGUGCUUUAACUUGAACACUCAUGAGUAUAUGGCCACAGACCACCCUGAGGAGAAUGCCGACGUACAGCCCGAGAACGCUCUUGUCGACGAUGCGGUGAUUGAGGAGCCAACAGAAGGACAGGUUGAUCUACCUGGACGACGACUACCAAGAGAACGAGGCCUGAACACCUUCCAAUUGGUACGGAGGGCACACUGUGGACUCGGACACAUCGGAAAUGACAAGUUAGCAAGGAUCUUGCAGAAUGCAGGAGCCAAGAAGGAGGCCAUUGAGUAUGCGAAGAAGCUGACAUGUGAUGUUUGCCAGAAACACAAGAGGAUCGCCCCUGCCAGGGCUGCAGCACCACCACGAGACUUCACUCCGAACCAAGUAGUAGGAGUGGACACCGUCCAUCUACCAGGUCUGAAGGCAGGAGGCAAACUGAAGAUGGCUCUCAACAUAGUAGACUGGGCCACCAGGUUUCAACUGGUGAUACCGCUGGAGGACCACACACCGCGGUCAGCCUCACGUGCCCUGUUCCAAUGGAUUCGCAUCUUUGGACCUCCCGAACGAAUCUACAGCGACCUGGGCAAAGAGUUCCGUGGAUGCUUUCAGAACAUGAUGGACCAGCAAUCCAUCGUCUUGGACCCCGGGGCCUUAGAAACACCGACCCAAAGGUCAAUCACUGAGAGGGCCGGCAAGUCCUUCAAGGAGGUACUUUCUAAGACACUUAUGGAAGUAACCUGCACUACCUGGGAAGAGUGGCAUGAGGCAGUUGAUGUGACAACGGCCACUAUCAACCGACUUGCCAACAAAUCCGGAUUCAGCCCUGUACAGAGAAUGCUGGGGUACAGUCCUCGAAUCCCUGGAACUAAUCUGAGUGGAGGCUUCAACGACCAUGCCACCGCCUCCAGAUACCAGGCUGGUGAUCUCCAAGUACAACGUUCUGCAGAUCUACGACAAGCCGCAGCCAUUGCCUACCACAAGGCAGACUGUGACCAGGCACUACGCAAUGCACUACAUGCUGGACAUCGAAAAUGGCAUCACUACGAAGUAGGUCAAACGGUGUACUACUGGAAAAAGGGGAUGCAGAGAGCCAAGAAAGACAACCCGUCAUUCUGGCAUGGACCAGCAAAGGUCAUUUUGACCAACCUGCCCAACACUGUAUGGGUUGCUCACCGCAACCACAUCGUGAAAGCAAGUCCUGAACAUCUACGACCAGCCGUGGACGAGGAGAAGUUUGUCAUCACCGACUGGAUCCAGGACCUCGUAGAGACCAAGAAGAAACUUCAGGAUAAGGACUUCAAGGGCUAUAUCGUCCUCGAUGAGAAACCCCCUGAGGAUGACCAGGCCAUUGAGGAUGACGAGGAGAUCCCACCACAGAAACCGAAGUUCAGACUGACAGGAAAGCAUGCAGCGGCCGAGGUUGAGUUUCAACCAGAUAUCUAUGACGAGAAGCGACAAAAGCUGAACCCGCCGGAACCUGCAAGAAGUACCUUGGUGGAACCACCACGGACUGAAGCCAUCACUGAGGGCAUACAGCCUAAUGAGGGCAUCUUUGAUGAUCCUGAAGAGCAACCAGAGAUUGACUCCCCCGACGUGGUGCCGACUACACCGCUACCGGACGAGACGGAAGAUGAGAAGGCCGACAACGAUGCACUACCCCCAGCUGAAGAACAUCACCGUGGACAAGUACGAUACGCAGAUCAUCCAGAAGAAGGAGAACCUCCUGCUAAACGACACCGAAUGGAACUUUUGGAGACCCUCUACAGCGAGCUUGAGAAGAUCACAAUGACCCGGAAUAGGAAGGAAGUCUCCUACGGUCGACUACAGCUGACCAACAAGAAGAAGUUCGACCGAGCUAUCUCCAAGGAGAUUCAGAACAAUCUGAAGUCAGGAGCCUAUGAAGUCUUGAGCAGAGAAGAAUCUGAAAGAAUCAGAAGGGAGAAGGGGGAUCUGAUCAUGAAGAGCAGGUACGUACUCACUGAGAAGGCCGUUGAACCUCACGAAAUAGAAGUCCUAAAGAAGGAAGGCUUACUACUAGAUGACGAAACUGGUGAAAUGCUGAAGGCCAAAGCCCGCCAUGUCAUGAAGGGAUACUCCGAGGCCAACGCUGAGAACCUGGAGUCAACAACACCACAGGUUGCCAAGGACACCGUGAUGUUCACUCUCCAGAUGCUGGCCAGCCAUCAGUGGACGAUUGGCCAUCUGGACUUCACCCAGGCCUUUCACUCAGGGGACCAGAUCCAAAGAGAGCUGUACUGCUCCCUCCCUCCAGAAGGGAUUCCUGGCCUUCACCCACGGCAGUUACUCCGACUUCGAAAGACAUGCUAUGGAUUAACUGAUGGUCCAUAUGCAUGGUACCAACACCUCUCACGAGUGCUGGAAGGCAGGGGAUAUCAGAGAAGUCGGGCAGACCCGUGUCUGUUCCAGCUGUUCGACCAAGACAAACAGAAGCUCAUCGGGAUCAUUGCCUUGGCCACAGACGACAUGCUACAUGGUGGAGAAGCGGCUCACUGGGAACACAUGGAAUGGCUUCGCUCCCAGUACAAGAUGGGAAAAUACACCACUGGCAACGGAAAGUUCACUGGCAAGACCACCGAGCAGCAAUCCAGUGGCGCCAUCCUCAUACACCAGAAAGCCUAUAUCGAGGAGAAGGUCAACAUGAUCCCCAUGAAACGAGAACGAAAGCGACAGAGGUACUCUACCUGUUCAGCCGCUGAGGUGAACCAACUGCGAACCCUACUUGGAGCCCUAGCAUGGGUCGCCAAAGAAACCAGGCCAGACGUGGCAGGCCGAGUGGCACUGCUUCAACAGUCAAUGCCGCUCCCAAUGAUCAAAGACAUCAUCGAGGCCAAUGCCGUGGCCGAGGAACUAAAGAAGGACCCUGGUCUGGGGAUCUUGACACAACCGAUCCCCAUGGAGCGACUUCGAGUUGGAGUCGUCACCGACGCCAGCUGGGGAAAUGCCGGAGGCAAUACAUGGAAGAGAACAACAAGGACUAUUGGGAAGAGACGGAAUUCAGCUGGGUACGACAUCAUGUUCUACCGAGAAGACUGCUCUUCCAUCCUGGUGCUGACAAGAUCCACGACCUGUAACAACGAGGAGAUGACGGACAAUUGGGACGACAAGGAGGCCAUCAGGGAGAAGCACAACGAGCCAUGGACAGGAACAACCACGUUUCUGAAGACCGAGGUCGAAGAGGAGACCCGAAAACCCAUCAACGAACGUUUCCUUCAACUUGCCAGGAAGCAUAGCCAAGGUGGCUACCUCUUGAUCUACUACGACGACAAGUUGGAGACCACCGAUGACAUGGCCAACAUUACAAUUGCAAGCUGGAAAAGCUACAAGUUGAAGAGGUGUACCGUUAACACCUUAUCAGCAGAGUGCCAGUCGAUGCUACAGGGGAUUGGCAACCUUCAUUGGCAUCGAUUCCUCUUGGCAGAGGUUUUAGCAAAGGACCUUUCGCUGGAGAACUGGGAGCAACAACUUGGUAAGCUGCCAUUCAUUGCCGUGACAGAUUCCCGGUCGCUCUACGACACCAUCACGAAAUGCAGGAACACAUCGGCGCAUAUCGACGACAAGAGGACGGCCAUUGACUUGACCAUCCUGAAAGGCGACCUUGAGACCACUGGCGGCCAGGAGUCUCCUCAUGUGGGUGGUUCGACAACGGCCUCCCCCAGCCCUUCACGGCAGCUGAUGGUGAAGGCUUCCCCUGCGAGGCUUCAAGUGGAUUUCCGAGCCAGUUCAGGCGGCCAGAGCAGCCUGGAGGAAGGCUUGGUGCGGCUCCGCCGCAACAGCCAGCUUUGUGAUGUAAACAUCACCUCCGGCUUUGGAAAGAUUCCCGCUCACCGAGCAGUCCGCCGUCCAGCAAUCUCUGGUGUUUUUUUCAGCAUCAAACCGCUUGGCGGCUUGGCGCCGCAGCUUGCCGCGCCAAGCGGCGCCAUCAUGGUGGAGGGCGAUGGCUGCCAUCGGAUUGCGGCCGAGCACCGUAAAUCCUUAGUGGGCCGCAAGAUGCAGGCGAAAUCCCCAAAUGGCCGCUUCAAAGGAGGUGCUUUAGCCAUCAUGAAAUGUGGUGGAGUCCUCAACAGAAUUGAGGUUCACGGAAAAAAUAUGUUCUAUUUCUUCGGACAGGGCAGCAAAGUGGUGGUCGUUCAUGUUCAUUUUGGCCUGGCAGGAGCCUUUGCCGUUUACAAAGGCGAGGAACCGGCAGUGACGGGCAACAUCCGUCUGCGCCUGUCCACUGUGGACAAUGGGACACCCCUCGUGGCGCACCUGUCAGCCAUGGUGGUGAAACAUGGUCCCAGCAGUUUGUACGACAGCCUCACCGCCAAGUUGGGAGCAGAUCCUCUCCGUGAAGACGCAACGCCCGAUGCCUUGAUCAAGGCCUGUAGCAGUUCCAAACCCAUCGGCACCGUCCUGGUGGAUCAGUCCGUGAUGGCAGGCGUGGGAAAUAUCUACCGCAGCGAAAUCCUCUACGAGGCGGGGAUUCAUCCUAAGCAGCCCAGCAACACCCUGACGGAAGCGGAGAUUUUGAAACUUUGGAAUGUGGCGGUGAAACAGAUGCAGGCGGGCUUCAAGACAGGAUCCAUUUGGGGGACCAAAAAAACUUCCUUUUGCUAUGGCAAAAAAACCUCGGCCGCGGGUGGCAAAGUGAAACAGUUCACCAUGGCUGGUCGAUCGGUCUACGCCUGCAGCAAGCGUCAGCGUUUGGACGCGCAGCGUCCCACAGUGCGGGGGUCGAAGCUGUGGCGCAGUGGCACAUCGCAUUUGGAGGAGAUGGUGCCAGCUGUGAAGGCUGAGAACAAGAAACGGAAAACGGGCGAAGGGCUGGCUGUUCAACAUGUGGCACUGAAAGAUGAUGCUACAAGGGCAGCCGCCCUGGCAGCCAAGAAACGACCUAGUGCAAGGAAGUGAG